AGAGGAAGUUUUAUACACUGAUAAUUGUGCUGUUCGCAAUAUUCACUGACUUAUACUUUCUUCUCUUCAUCUUAUCUCUUGUCAAACUCACCUUCUUAGGAGAAGAUGUAAAGUUGCCAUAUACACCGCGACGAGGAGGCCUCGGUGGAACUAAGUACAUGGGAACUGAAGGAGAUCGAAUCGGUACUUACGAAGGAAUCAACCUUUCGAGCCCUGAUAUCUGCCUCCGUGUGCAGACAAUCCAAAAGCUUGUCGAGAAGAUCUAUGAAGCACGCGUCUUACUUGUGCGAUCUCCACCCAUGUCUGGAAAGACCUCAUUGGGUCAACUACUAGACCAACACCUAGUUAAAGAUCCCAACAUUAGAGUCAUUCGCAUUUCGCUCUUGUGGAUGGGCAUCCCUAGUGGAUCCUGGACAUUCGAUGAGAGGUUUCAGCGACUAAUGGGCAUAACUUGGGAACAAUUUCAAGAUGAAUGUGAUCACAUUCGGACUAUACUUAUUGUCGACGAAGUUCAGAUGAUUUGCGUGCCAGAAGUAGAAGGCCAACCCAGUAGUAAUGCACAUCACAAUGGCAAUGUUUUUUGGGAAGUGUUUAAGAGGUGCCAGCAGGGCGGUAACUUGUAUAUCGUUGCCUUUGCUGCAUAUGGCUACAAAGGUGCAUGGGAUUGUUCGUCUGCAACUCGCACAAUAGAUGUAUCACCGUUAACGAUUCCUCCUGAGAACACAUGGGGUAUAGAAGACGUGCGCUUCACUAAGGAUGAAUAUGAAGAUUACCGUUUACGCUUUUGCAGAACGCAUCUCGGAAAGAUGAAAGAUGAAAAUGAUAUUGCAUACUUAAAGGAAUAUGUGCACAGCACAACUGCUUGUCACUCUGGACUUGUCGCGUUUUUCAUGAACCCAUAUUAA